UUAAACUUCCUGUUGUGUCACACAUGCACUGUCUACAUCCUUCAUGUCACAUCACCAAAUCGUUAUAUCAUAUAUGACAGAGAUUAACGCUUUAGGCGAAUGAAUGAUGGCUGCGGUGGACAAGAUCAAGAUCGUCGUUGUGGGAGACUCUGGAGUUGGGAAGACCUCAUUAGUUCAUCUUAUUUGUCACAAUGAGACAACAAGCAAUCCUGGCUGGACCAUCGGAUGUUCUGUGGAGGUCAAGCUACAUGAGUACAAAGCGGGAACCCCUUCACAGAAAACCUACUUUGCAGAAUUAUGGGAUGUUGGUGGAUCUACUAGCCAUGAAAAUAGCCGUGCAAUAUUUUAUAAUCCGGUACAUGGUAUCAUUCUAGUCAAUGACCUGACGAACAGAAAAUCACAUCAUAAUUUACGAGAAUGGUAUGAAUAUGACCCGGAACAGUUUGCUGGGAACCAAAUCCCCAUCAAAGUAGUAGGAACAAAAUCUGACCUGGCCCAGAAUUUGCGGGAAAAUGUCCUCACCAAGUCUUCCAGCAUGGCAGAGGAACUGAACCUUAAAGUAUCGGGUUGA